ACAGAGCUUGGACCCGACUUGCAGACAGUCCAGCUCUGAGGCUGGGUCGAGGCUGGAGAGGGAGACUGGAGAAUGGAAUGGAACCUCAGAAGGAUGGAAAGUGAACUGAGGCACAUCAACCCGGACCUGCUGCAGCCCAGCAAGAGCUUCAAGAAGCCGUCCUCAGGCACCAUCACCAUCAAUGUAGGGGGGUUCCUGUACACUGCCCACCGGACCACCCUUUCCAAGCAGCAGGGGUCCUUCCUGGAGGAGCUGGCCAACGGUAAGAAGCCGGUCCAGCACACCGAUUCCAUGGGAAACCCCUUCAUCGACAGAGACGGCCCCGUUUUUCGCCAUGUGCUCAAUUACCUGCGGACCGGAGAGCUCCAGCUGCCCGACGACUUCCGGGAAUCGGGGCUCCUGCGACGGGAGGCCGACUUCUACCACCUGAGCGAACUGGUGGAGGCCGUGGCGGAGUGGGAAAGUCAGAGGGCGGCCCAGCGCGAGCCCGCAUUUUUGGAGGUGACUGAUAGCCAUGAGAGGUCUCAGGGCCUCAAGGUGUACUGCAGUGACCCCGCCUUCAUCGAAAAGGUCAAGGGGCGGCUGGUGCAGGUCUCCAAGAGCCGCCUGGACGGCUUUCCGGAAGAAUUUAUAGUGUCGUCCAACGUGAUCCAGUUCCGGCACUUUAUCAAGUCGGAGCCCGGCUCGCGGCUCGUGCUGAAGGAGGACAGCACAUUCCUGUGCACGCUGGACUGCCUGAAGCUGGAGACGGUGAUGCUGGCGCUGAAAUCCGGCUACAAGCUGAUCACCAGUCUCGACAGCAGCAAAGGCUCCGUGGUGGCAGCUGAGGCCCUGCAUUUUGUCAAGUAGGAUGGAGAAGGAGGGAAAAGGGGAGGGAGAUAGAGAAAAUACACCCUGCUCACGAAAGGUACUGGCUUAAAAAUCUUUCACAACGUGCUGAUCUGUGAUGUGGUGUGAGGAGGAGAACAGGGGGACUGUCUCACAGGACAGUGUUUAUAUCUUUACAGCACAACGGUGGCUGAAAAUCAGAAUUCAAUAAGUUUUGGGUGGUCGUUAUUUGCAAAGUGGUGAUGUGGCAUCGACCUUUUGCACCGCUACGUGAGCUUGAGUCGUUAAGUAUCCAGAAUGAUCCGGACUGUCUUUGCAAACUAAACUGCAUCCGAUUCUGUAACAGAAAUUAGAGGACGAGCCAACGCGGAACCCGCACGUGUGGAACGACGGGUUGGAACUGAGACUCAGACCAUCGACAGCUUUAUCAGUGGAUCUCGUCUCCGCACAUUAACCGCUUCUGCUGCUUUGUCCGCGGCUGCGAAAGACUAGAAACCAGCCUCGAUGUGCACGGUUGUGCCGUUCA